AUGAGCAUAUUCGAAGCGUCCAUCGACGGCCUACAGAAGGGACUUUCAUCCGGCGCUAUAACCAGCGUCGAGCUCGUCGCCAAGUAUCUGCACCGCAUCAGCGCACACGACUGCCGCGGGCCAGCCCUCAACUCUAUCCCCAUCCUGAACCAUACCGUCUUCGAAGACGCGGCAGCUAGCGAUGACAGCCGCGCUCAAGGACAGCAUGUACGGCCCCUUGAAGGUAUUCCAUAUACAGUCAAAGACAGCUACAAAGUCAAGUCCAUGAGCGCGGCCGCCGGCUCCCCGGCCUUUCGAAACCCGAAAGCUUCCGAAGACGCCUUUACCGUCGCCGCAAUCCGUGAUGCAGGUGGCGUCCUCCUCGGCCGCACAAACAUGCCGCCCAUGGCAGACGGCGGGAUGCAGCGCGGCAUCUACGGCCGCGCAGAGAACCCAUACAACCCAGCCUAUCUCGCUGCAGCGUUUGCGUCGGGCUCAUCGAACGGUUCGGCCGUAUCUGUUGCGACUUCAUUUGAGGCGUUUGGCAUGGGUGAGGAGACGGUGUCUUCGGGGCGCUCGCCGGCUUCGAACAAUGCUUUGGUGGCAUAUACGCCGAGCAGGGGCUGUGUGUCCAUUCGGGGAAAUUGGCCGCUGCAUCCUACGUGUGAUGUGAUCGUCCCUCAUACCAGGACGAUGAAGGAAAUGCUGACACUGCUGGACGUGGUAACUCAAACUGACGAGAUUACCGAAGGCGACUUUUGGCGGCACCAGCCAUUCAUUCACCUGCCGGACGAGCUCUUCCCCGGAAAACCAGAUUCAUUUCAAGACAUCGCUUUCCACCCCACCUGUCGCUCUAUGGUCUUCGAAUUGCGGUCCCAUCAAUGUAUCUUGGCGGCCCGCCACCUCAAGCGCGGCCCACUCGUUGCUCGCGCCUGGGAUGCCUUCCUUAAAGCCAACGAUGAUCCUGAGGUUCCUGAUUUAUCAGAGGGCGACCCUCUAAACAUCUUCCCCAUGAGAGUGCGCACGGCAGCUGGGCUUGCGUUUUUACCGAUGGCCAACGACAUUCACUGGACACGCCUCCCCGCUUAUGCCAAAGACGCAGGCUUGUACGAGACCGAGGGCCUCGCUGAGGGGCUAAGGGCUGCAGCAGAGGCGUGGCGCAACGGUGUCAAAUACAGCAAUGGUAACCGAGCCUUGCGACACCUCGGCGUGCCAACCGUCUCCGCCCCAGUGGGCCUCAUGGCGGACAAGUCCAUGCCCGUGAACCUGACAUUCGCGGGACGAGCCUACGACGAUGUCACCCUACUAAAGUGUGCGACUGCCUACGAGGCCACAUCUCGCAGUCGGACUGCACCAGCACACACGCCGCCUCUGUCGUCAGAUGCCAUCGUGACUGCGGAAGAGUGUACUCACGCAGCGAGGCCUGAAUUGAUCGUCGAAGAGUUCGCAGUAUCUACAGUUGAGCCAAAGAGAAUCUCAAUGCGAUGGGUGGUCAAAGUCGACAGGGCAGCACGCGCGAGCCUUGAGACCGCGAAUGAAUUCCCGCCGUUUGAGCUCACCGUGGAUGGCUGCGAGGUGCCAUUCGACAAUCCCGUGGCCACCAAGAGGUCUGAUACUUACGUCUUCGAACUCAGAGACCAUGUGGUGCCUACGGUGGAGCGAGUUGCCGUUAAGCCAACCGAGGAACCUGUGGUCAGAGAUAUGGUUAUUGUUGAAGUACCUACGGUAUAUAAGGCUUGA